AUGCCCCUUAUUCUCCCGAAGCCGCUCAAGGAGUGGUCGGGCGACGAGAUCCGUGGCAUCCUCAAAAUCUUUCGCGAUUUUGAUGCCGACAAGGACGGCCAGAUUGAUGAGAAAGAGGUGGAGCACCUUGCGGAGGCUAUGGGUGUCGACUUGAAUGUAGAUGAUGGCGACAAGUACACCAAGGACGGCAAGAUCGACCCGAUGGAAUUCUUCGCAUUCUAUUCCGGUUGCUCGCCGGCAGAGGCGUCUAUCGCAUUUGUCGAUCACGCACAGCAGUUCGACGCGCUAAAGGGGAAAGGCUCGCUGCAAGAGUACACCGACCAGGAGAUCAAGGACAUCAUGGCCAUUUUCAAACAGUUUGACAAAGAUGGGGACGGCACCAUCGGCGAGAGCGAGCUGCAAGCCCUUGCGAAGACGCUGAUGGUCGAUUUAGACAUGGCCGAGGCCGACCAGCUCGUCAAGGACGGCGUGGUCUCGCGUGCGGAGUUUUUCAAGUUCUACACCGGCUGUUCAGACGAGGAGGCGCAAAAAGUGUUUCAGCGAGCAUCGUUCGGCGCCGCGGCUUAG